AUGGGGCCCACUACUGACCCGGGGCCCUCGGGCAGUGCCAGAGUUUCCAAAUGGUCAGUCCGCCCCUGGUGGCAUAUAUGUUUGAUCAUACAUCCCGUAUGGGCAAACCAAAAGAGACAAAGAUUUUGCCUCGAUCAUGUGAUCAGCUGUGUCCAAUCACAGCUGAGCACAUAGCACUGAUGAUCAGUGUGCCCUGAUGAUCAGUGUAGCUCCAGCAGUGCCACCUGUCAGUGCCCAUUAGUGCCACAUAUCAGUGCCUACCAAUGCCACAUAUCAGUGCUCAGCUGCCUUUCAGUGUCACCUAUCAGUGCCAGUCAGUGCCACCUAUCAAUGCCAGUCAGUGCCACCUACCAGUGUUGCCAAUCAGUGCCAGUCAGUGCCGCCUAUCAGUGCCUGUCAGUGCUGCCUAUCAGUGCCACAUAA